AUGCGAUGUCGCACACUACGUACUCCUGGGAACAUCCUGGUGGCCAAUCUCGCUCUCAGCGACUUUUUAAUGCUUUCCAAAACACCGAUAUUCAUUUUCAAUUCCUUUAAUCUUGGACCAGCACUAGGAAAAACCGGUUGCGUGAUUUACGGGUUCAUAGGGGGUCUGACAGGAACCACAUCAAUCGCAACAUUAUCAGCAAUUGCGCUGGACCGCUACUGGGCUGUCGUUCGACCGCUGGAACCGUUAAGAGCUUUGACAGCAAUACGGGCUCGUUUGUUAGCUAUCGGUGCCUGGAUAUAUGCCUGCAUUUUUUCUAUUAUACCUGCAUUGAACAUUGGAUAUGGACAAUAUGUUCCUGAAGGCUGUUUAACCAGUUGUAGUUUUGACUACUUAACUGAAGAUUUUUCUCCUCGCUUAUUCAUUUUUAUAUUUUUCUGUGCGGCUUGGCUAGCGCCUUUUUGUACGAUAUCAUUCUGUUACAUAAGUAUAUUUCGAGUUGUUGUAUGUAACAGAAAUAUGCCUUCAAAUAACCAAGAACAAAGAUUAUCUUCGAGACAUGUUAAAGAACGCACAAAACGAAAAGCAGAAAUCAAAUUAGCUUUCCUUGUGAUGGCUGUUAUCGCAUUAUUCUUUAUAUCUUGGACACCAUACGCUGUAGUUGCCUUAUUGGGCAUAACAGGUCGAAAAGAACUCCUUACGCCAAUUACAUCGAUGGUACCGGCAUUAUUUUGUAAAACUGCAGCCUGUAUAAAUCCAUUCAUUUAUGUUAUAACGCAUCCAAAAUUUCGUAAGGAGUUUAAAAAAAUGAUAUGCGGGAAUAAAUCGAAACAUAGAACCGGUACUAUUAAAACGAUCGGUUAUAGCACGGACGUAACAAAAAUUCACAGACCAAGUAAAGAUUUGAGCGACACAGACGUCGAAGUCGUCGAAAUGAAAGAUAUUCCUUAUCAAACUCAGGAGAAAAGUGGCGGCAGGAUGCAGACGAUCUCUGCAAAGGUAGCAGAACGCCAGGACUCCCUAAAUAGUAUUAGCAUGAAGAGUUUUGAAGAAAGUGUUGUAAGCCCCCCUUCAUGGUAUUGCAAACCCCAGUUUGCUAAAAAGAAAAGUUUCCGCCAACAUUCUACGCGCAGUAAUAUAUCACAAAAUACUGAUCUCACAGGAUAA